AACGAACUCAACCCCAGCUGACCCAGGAACUUUGGGAAGUUGCUCGACAUAAAUAAACCCUCCAAUCCACCUCGCGAUGCCCUCUCUCAAACCACAGCAUCCACCCAGAGAAGCGCAAUUACAACGACAAUGAAGCUCAACUUCCUCGCCGCUGCUGCCUCCAUAGGCUUCACCACUGUCGCCGCCCAGCCCGCCGGAACGUGCCCCCCUCCCCCCACCGGCCCUGAUACCUUUGGCCUUGUCGCCAUCAACUCCGGAGGCCCCGCCCACUACGCCGGAUUCAAUGCUGCUCGCAGGGGUCUCUUCGCCGGAUACUCUGGCCAAAAUGCCGACUGCGACGACGGUCCUGACAGCGGAUACGCCACCUUCUACCUGAAAGACGGCGCCCUGUUCCUCUACGGGCCGGCGAACCAGCAGAUUUUCGUUGACCGCUCAGGCAUGGGCCAAGGCAUAGUCGGGUAUACGAAUGAUGGCGAGACAGGCCCCCGCAACGGCGAGCGCACGGGCUGGGCGAUCAACGCCGACAACCACCUCCAAUUCGCCGGCAGCGACUUUCUGGCCUGCCCCAUCGACAACGGGUACCGGAUCUGGGCGGCGCAGGGGUUCCAGACGCCUGGGGGCAGCGAGAACUGUGUUGGCGUCGCCGCUCGUGUCGAGAAGAUAUCUGACCCUAAUAGCUGUACCUAUAGUAGCUCUUGAUUUUUCAUGGUGAUUGUAUGGGACGAGUUGGGAUGAGGAGCAGUGUGGUGAAAGCGGCAGGAUGGGUUAAUUGUGGAUAUGGACUUAUUUAACCUAGUGAAAGAUAUAAUUUGAUCAUUCCGGAUGCUGGCUUAGCUUACGGAGCUGGUCGCAUCGCGCUGAACUUUUCGUAUAUUGCGCUCGUUUCAUUGGAGAGCGCCGGGACUGAUGGGCGGAUUGGGGAAGUGAUACCUUCCUUACGGACGAGUCAUCGCAUGGACUGGUAUUCCUGCUGUAGUUGUGAUAACCAAACGAUUGAUGAUCUCAGCGCUACAAGUACAAGUACAAAAGGUUGAGGGUUAAAGGAUCUACGCGUAUUUCAGGACACUGUUAACUAAGCUA